GUUUGGAAGAUUGAUGCUAUUCGACAAAGACUUAGGAUGCGUGGCUUCCGAUGCAACUUGGUGUACACACAGACAUGCACACGCUUGAACGUCAUGCCUUUAUUUGCAUCAAGAUCACAUGCAUUAAGGUAUUUAUCAAUAAGAUGGGACAUUGAUCUUUCAAAAGUGGUGGUAUUUGUGGGAGAGCAAGGGGAUACAGAUCAUGAAGAGCUCCUUCCUGGUCUCCACAAGACCUUAGUACUCAAAGGCUUGGUUAAACAUGGGAGUGAGAAGCUUCUACGUGAUGUAGACAGUUACAAGAGAGAAGAUGUAGUCCCUGUGGAGAACCCCAACAUUGUCUCUCUAGCCGAAGGUUAUGACGUUGCCGAGAUGCAGAGCAGUAUUGAGAAAAUUGGGACGAGAUAAAUUAAUCUUUGAUACACUCAUGCAGAUAUUAUUGUCACAGGUGCAUUUGCUUCUUAUGACUGUUUGUAUAAGUGGUUGUAGACUCUGGCUUACAAGGAGGAGCAACCCUAUGAACAACUACAGAAGGGUUAAAAAAAAAAAAGAUAUGGAAUCUUAUUUUCCCAAAAUAAAUAAAUAAAUAAAGCCUCUUAUAAUGCAUGUACAACAUUAAUUCACAUGGAGAAUGACAUUAUGCACCAUUCUGCGAUAGAACA